AUGAUCAUCUAUGGGGACCUCAUUAGCCAUGAAGAGCUGUUCUCCUACGUCUACAAGAUCCGGGAGAUCGCAGACCGGCUGUGCCUGGAGGUGGAGGGCAAGAUGGUCAGUAGAACAGAGGGUAAACUCGUUGACUCGCUCAUUGGUGGAAAUGAUUCCGCCAAAGGCCCAGAGGGCGAAGGUACCCAAAGCACAGGAGUCAUCCGUGUGGAUAUUGUCAUGAGCCACCACUUACAAGAAACCAGGUUCACAAAAGAGGCCUGCAAAAAGUACAUCAAAGAUUACAUGAAAUCAUUAAAGGGCAAACUUGAAGAAAAGAAACCAGAAAGAGUAAAGCCUUUUAUGACUGGGGCUGCAGAGCAAAUUAAGCACAUCCUUGCUAAUUUCAAUAACUACCAGUUUUUUAUUGGUGAAAACAUGAAUCCAGAUGACAUGGUUACUGUUCUGGACUACCGUGAAGAUGGUGUGACUCCAUUAAUGAUUUUCUUUAAUGAUGGCUUAGAGAUGGAAAAAUGUUAACAAAUUGGAUCUAUCACCUGUCACCAUAA